AUGGGGACCAUAAUUAUUAAUCUUGAUAUUGUUCAUAUGAUGUACAAUGAUCCUAAAAAAAGAAAAAAGUUUGUGGAUGAAUUGAUGAAGUAUAAGGAUUUAUGCAAGUUACAUUGUACUAUUGAUUCAUCGGAUGAAGAUGAGAUUAUCAGGAGACCAAAAAGAAAACGUGCAAAAACAGAAUAUAAUAAAUUUUUGAGCACUGAGAUGCGUAAGAUAGCAUCUAUUAAUCUUGAUAUAAGUCAUACUGAUUCUUUCAAGAUGGCAGUCGAUAAGUGGAACAAUCGUAAACAAUUUUCAGAAGUUAAUUGUAUUAAUGCUUUAAUUGCAAAGUUGAGAACUGAGAAUACUGUGCUAACAAAUAAUAAUCCAAGGAUUGUUGCAGCAGAAAAACAAGCAAAUGAUAUAUUAAAUAAUCUCGGUGUCAAGAUAAAAACGGAAGAUACGUUUGAGACCAAGAUGGGAAAGAUUGUUAAAGUGAGUGCAGAGGGUGGGGAGAAGAAUAAUAAGAUAAAAAUUAAUCCAAUCAAGACAACCUUCCAUGUUAGAACUCUAAUAGUUAAUGUAUCUAUGACUUGUGAGAUUCCAACUUCUAAUGUAAAGGAGAAUAGACGACCGGUUGCUGAUACAGUAUUUAAAGAUUUGAAUAAUUUAGUAUAUAGUCCUAUAAGAAAAAAUUAUUUUGUGGUGUAUGAUAAGAUUCAUGAGAUUCUUAUGGCUCAAGGAAAUCGAUAUAUUAGAUUUAAUACCGGAUUUUAUUAUUAUAUUCAAGUUAAUGAUCUCGAUGAAACGUAUAGAAUUUUGAGAUACAAAAAUUAUUCAGAUGAAAUUCAAAGGCAUUCUAUUGGUCAUGAACGUGAUCUGAUAGUUACUUGA